AUGGAGCUCGCUUCCUCGCAUCAAGUUCAGGGUUCUCGAACCUCUCAGCGGUCUCCUCAAUCCAACCAGUCCUUGGCUAUGGCCAAUAUGAAUGUUGGUUCCAUCAAUAUGAACUCUUUUGGUAAUAAUAAUAUGGCUGCAGCCGCUUCCGGUACACCGACCUCUGCUAAUGCUAAUGCUAAUGCUAAUGCCAAUGCAACAGCAAGUGCUUCUGCUACGCCAGGUUCUGCUACACAUAGAAAGAUACCGCUCCAUAUUAUGUCUUCCCUACAGAUUCAAGGCAUAUGUAAGAGAAUGCAGCAGCUAAAGAACCAGUACGGAAAUGCUGUCAAUAGAAUACCCGAGUAUGUGCAAUUGGCCACGCUGCUCUCUCAGGACCCAAAUUUCCAGAAACAGCUGCAUGCCCGUAUGCAACGGGUUCACACCAAUCCACAGGAGCAGCGAUCGCAGCAGGUGUUUCAACCAUCCCAGGCGUCUCAGCCACCUCAAUCCCAAGGUUCUCAGGGGUCUCCAAACCUCCCCAAUCAACGACGCAGCACUGGGUUCUCUCCUGCUUCUUCAACUGCUGGCUCUCCUGCUUCUACUGCUGGCCCAAGAGGUCCUCCUUCCUCCAUCUUCUCUCCUCAACAGUCUCAGAUCUUGAAAUUUCAAAUUGCUGCCUUCAAGAAAUUCAUACAGCAUCAACCUAUGGUUCCUGAGAUUGCCAAUGUCAUCAAUUUUGCUUAUCAGCAGCUUCAACGUCAGCGUAUGGUUGCACAACAGCGAGUGAGGCAAUCCGGUCCACAGCAGCCGCAGUUACAGCAACAGCAACAACAACAACAACAGCAACAGCAACAGCAACAGCAACAACAGCUGUUGAAGCAACAACAAAAACAACAUCCUCCGAAGCCCAAGAAAAAGUCUACUUCCAGGCGAAGAAAGACUCCAAAGGUUUCUACACCUGGUUCGUCUGCAUCUGGGUCUUCGAAUCUCGUUCCAACUGCUAGACAAUCGGUUAUCUCCCUUUCUCAGCAUCCUGUUGGACCGAUAGCUGCCUCAGUUCCAAUGGGAACUCCUGCGGCCUCAAGUCCUGCAUCAGCUUCCCGCACGCCCAGACCGCUGCUAUCUGGACAGACGGUGCCUGCAAUCUCACCGGUCAUUUCCGGUGCUGCAAUUGUUCCAGGUUCUGUUGCUCCUGUGACCCCUGUGGUUUCCGUGGCUGCAGUCCCUCCAGUGGCUCCUGUAUCUACUACGGUUCCUCAACCUCCUGCUCAGCCUGUUGGACUUCCACCGCAUCCUCCUAUGUCUCUACAGAGGCUUACUGAGAGAUUCGCAACCAUUCGUAACGUUGUUCCCAUUCAAAACACGAAUGAAAUGGUUGAUAGCUAUACCCUUCCAGAAGUGAUCAAUGAUAUUCCAUUUGAAUAUUUCAAUUCACCUAAAUCCAAGGUCAUCACCCCCUCGUUGCUUCCUAAGUCCCUUGACAUUACACAGACUAAGGAGAUAUUGCAAAUGGUCGAAGCUUUGGAAUUCGAUCGCGACAUUCAAACCGCUAAACAAGAAGAUCUUGGUGAGUAUGCGUUGUUACAACUACAUCCUUUUCAAAAAGCUAUGCGUGGCUAUUUACUUUCUUGUGUUUUCCACCAAAACAUGCUUCUUACCAAUCAUCUUCCAAAUUUUUCGGCUAAGACUCGUGCAAUUAACAUGGGCGAUGCUUCUGUGGUGUUUGCGCUUAAUCAAGAGCAGAAGGCCAUGGCGCUUCAGUCAAAAAGGGAGAAAGUUGCCGAGCGUGAAACUAAUUUAUUGAAUGCUUCUGCUGAUUACAAGUAUAUUCUGGCUGGAAGAAAGCAGAGAUACCAUAGAUUGGGCAGACAGAUAAGUGCUAUGCAUGUACAGACUGAGAAGGAGGAACAAAGAAGGCUGGAAAGAAACGCUAAACGUCGUUUACAAGCCUUGAAGGCUAACGACGAAGAAGCCUACGUGAAGUUGUUGGAUCAAACUAAGGACACUCGUAUCACGCAUAUCUUGAAGCAGACUAAUGCCUUUUUGCAGAGUCUUACUCAGGCAGUCAAGACUCAGCAGAGAGAUACUGAAGAUAGAAUGGUAGAGAAUGGCCAUGUGGACGCUUCCGAUUCUGAUGAGGAGCUCGGCGAGGGUGAGAAUAAAGAAGAUACUAUUGACUAUUAUCAUGUUGCCCACCGUAUCAAAGAAAAAGUCUUUAAGCAGCCUGAUAUGCUGAUUGGUGGUACUUUGAAAGACUAUCAAGUUCAAGGUUUGGAAUGGAUGGUUUCUCUUUUUAAUAACCAUUUAAAUGGUAUUCUUGCCGAUGAGAUGGGUCUCGGAAAAACCAUACAGACAAUAUCAUUGCUCGAUUAUAUAUACGAGAAAAAGCAUAUUAAGAGACCAUUUCUUAUUGUUGUUCCACUUAGUACGCUGCCAAAUUGGAAUAUGGAAAUUGAGAAAUGGUCUCCUGGUCUAAAGAAGAUAAGUUAUAAAGGUGCUCCGCCAUUCAGGAAGGAAUUGGCAAGGCAGGUUAAAGCAGGUGACUUUGAUGUCUUGCUUACCACCUACGAGUACGUUAUUAAGGACAAGUCUGUUCUUUCCAAAGUUAACUGGGUUCAUAUGAUCAUCGACGAGGGUCAUAGAAUGAAGAAUUCUAAAUCUAAGCUUUCUUCCACCCUUACCGAGCAUUACCAUUCCGAUUACAGGUUAAUUUUGACUGGUACUCCCUUGCAGAACAAUCUUCCAGAGCUUUGGGCCUUGCUUAACUUUGUUCUACCAAAGAUUUUCAAUUCUGUGAAAUCUUUCGAUGAAUGGUUCAAUACACCUUUUGCAAGCACUGGUUCCCAGGAUAAGCUUGAGCUUUCCGAAGAGGAAACAUUGUUGGUCAUUCGUCGUUUGCAUAAGGUUCUCAGACCGUUUUUGUUGAGACGUCUAAAAAAAGAUGUCGAGAAAGAUUUGCCUAACAAAGUGGAGAAGGUGAUUAAAUGCAAGAUGUCUGAUUUACAGUUCCGGAUGUAUCAUCAGAUGUUGAAGUAUAAUAAGUUGUUCAUUGGUGAUAAGGACAGUAAGUUUCCCGUGGGUAUUAAAGGUAUGAACAACAAGUUGAUGCAACUUCGAAAGAUUUGUAACCAUCCAUUUGUGUUCCCUGCAAUCGAGGAUAUGAUUAACCCCCGUGGUGAAACUAAUGAUCUGAUUUGGAGAGCUAGUGGCAAGUUUGAACUUUUGGACAGGAUUCUUCCGAAGUUUCUAGUCUCUGGUCAUCGUGUCCUUAUCUUCUUUCAGAUGACUCAAAUCAUGGAUAUUAUGGAAGAUUUCCUUAGACUGCGUGGCAUGAAGUAUAUGAGGUUGGAUGGCGAUACUAAAGCAGAUGACAGGACUUUGCUUUUAAGUGAAUUUAAUGCCAAGGAUUCGCCUUAUUUCCUUUUUUUGCUUUCCACAAGGGCUGGUGGUUUGGGAUUAAACUUGCAAACUGCUGAUACUGUUAUUAUUUUCGACACAGAUUGGAACCCUCAUCAAGAUUUGCAAGCACAGGAUAGAGCCCAUCGUAUUGGUCAAAAGCAUGAGGUUAGAAUUCUGAGACUAAUUACGAGUGAUUCCAUUGAAGAGUAUAUAUUGGAAAGAGCUCAACAGAAGUUAGAUAUUGAUGGAAAAGUUAUUCAGGCUGGUAAGUUUGAUCAGAAGUCGACCUCUGAAGAGCAGGAAGCUUUGCUUCGUAAGUUACUUGAGACCGAAGAGAAUGAGAAAGAAGAGGGUGCUGAUCUAGAUGAUCGUGAGUUGAAUGAGAUUCUAUCUCGUAAUUCUGAUGAAAUGAUAUUGUUCACAAAGAUAGACCAUGAAAGGGAUGCGCAAAGGAAUAAUAAAACCCGGCUUAUCUGUGAAGCUGAGUUGCCGGCAGUGUAUAGUCAGGAGCCCCAGCAGGAAAAUAAACUGCAGGAAGUACUGGAUUAUGCUGGAACUCAUAGAGAGCAUAAGAUAUGUCAUUACGAUGAAACCAUGACGGAAGAGCAGUGGUUGAAAUCCAUCAAUGGUUACGUGACGGAUGAGGAUAACGAUGACAAACCUAGGAAAAGGAGACGCAAGCGUGGUAGAAAACCUAAGUCUGAGAUCAUGGACGGCGAUGUAAGUAGCGACGACUUCAAGCGACAACGGACGGUUGGCGGUAAGCACGUUCAGAAGGGCCGUAGAAGUCGUUCAGCUACCGCAGAACCUGGUGGUUCAGUUUCGACUACUCCUGGCAGUAGUAUCAGCGGUCCAUAUCCGCGGAAACGGAAAAACCGUGGUAUACAAUUUAGUUCACCACUUAGUCGAGAUCCGGACUCUGUUGCUCCUGAACUGACGGUACAAGAAAGGGCCGAUCUACAAGCACAGAUAGUUGAGAUUUUUGACCAUUUGAUUUCGUUUAUCAACGAUGAAGGAAGGAAACUAUCUACCAUUUUCAUGGUCAAGCCCGUAAGAAGAAUUUAUCCAGACUAUUAUGUGAUCAUCAAGCAUCCUCUCGCAUUUGAUGGAAUUCGCAGAAGAGUUUAUGGAGAAGUGUAUUAUUCGUUGGAGGAAUUCAUUCACGAUGUUCAUUUGAUGUUCAAGAACGCCAGAAUCUACAAUCAGGAAGGAUCUCUGAUCUUCAGUGAUGCACAACACCUGGAGAAUGAGACUCUGAAAAUGUACUCCGAUAUGACUGGUAAAGCAAUUGACUUCACUGAGUUUGACAGGAGGUUUGGUCUUACUAAGGAAGAGUUUAUGAAAGUAACUAAAGGUAUUCAAGAGGCUGCCAGUAGAGAUACUCCUUCUGAUGCCCAUAAGAUUUCGGAGUUGCCGGAUGGGUUAAAUACUGGCCGGCAACUUAAGACAGAGAGCGACUAUAGUUUGCUACCGUAA